AGACCCUAACAAGUACUGUAACAAGUAACAAAGUGACCUCAUCAGCCACAGACCAAAAACCCAAGUAAACCCAACUAGGGGGACAGAGAAUCCACCCCAAUCGGCAAAACCCUAAACCCUGAAUGCUGUUUGGUGAUUCCCCAGUACAAAGUUUUAACCUUUUCACUGAAUCUGUUUUCGGUUUCACAAGUUUGAAGCUUUGUAUGAGUUUUAACUUUUAAAGGUCACCGCUUUUGGGUUGCACUCCAAGUGUUCGAUUGAAUGCCUCUUUAGUUUCUCUGCAUAAAAGGAACAAAAGCUCUGAGCUUGCUAGAGUCAAAAUGGAGAAUCACAACAAAACUCAGCUUCAGAGUUUCCUCAAUCAUCUUCCUCCUGUUGAGUUCUGCUGUGUUUAUGGGUCAUCACUGCACCCGAAUCGUGAAAAUGCCAAGUCAACAAUGGUGGAUUGCAUUCUUGGAGUAUCUGAUCCCUUACAAUGGCAUUCUGAGAAUCUGAAAUUGAACAAGGAUCACUAUGCCUCUUGGAUGGCGCUGCUCAGAGGGGCCAGACUGGUUACAAAUGUUGCAGAUUACAUAGGUGUAGGAGUGCACUUCAAUCCUUUUGUUAGCUGGAAUGACAAGAUGUUCAAGUAUGGGGUUGUCCACAUGCAUGACUUGGUGCAGGACAUAUCGAAUUGGGAGAGGUUCUACUUGAGUGGCCGAUUACAAAAGCCGGUUCAGAUAAUUUCUGAUAAUGUGGAUAUUUCAACUGUAAACUCGGUUAAUUUGAGGGCUGCAAUAGCUGCUGCUCUUCUUCUUUUGCCAUCCAAGUUCACUGAGGAGGAUCUGUAUGCCAAAAUAUGCAGCCUCUCAUAUAUGGGUGACUUGCGUAUGCUCUUUGCAGAAGACAGAAAUAAGGUGAAGAAAAUAGUACAAGGGAAAUUUGAAUUGUUUCGAUCUAUGUAUAAGCCAUUUAUUCGGGAGUAUGAGACUAAAGGGUUGUUGAGAUACUCAUUGUCCGGAAAUCCUCAACCAGUGAUUUCCCAGGAUUGUGAUUUACCAGCAGCUGGAUAUCUUGUUUCUUCUCUGCCCCCACUGGUCAGAAGCGAAAUGGGAGUAAAGCUAGGAGGAAAAAAAAGGCUGUGCGACUCUGGUCGAGUUAUUAAUGAAGUUGUGAUUGGAUCAAGACAAGAGGCUGCUCAAUGCAUGCAGACAAUUGUGAAGCGAAAGGUAAUGGUCUCAAGUGCAAGACAGACCGUCUCUGGUCUCCUGGCUGUUGGUGGCGUUAAUGGUCUGAGAUAUCUUGGUGCUAAAAUGCGCAAAGCAUGGAAUUCUUGGAGAUGAUAGUGUACAUUCCUUAAUAGGGGUAUUCUGCAUUAUUAACUAUCGUUUUGAUGGUCAUUGUGUAAAAAGACCCCGAGGGAGAUGCAAUUUUUUA